UCACAAAAUAUUCAGACACACACACACAGACACAGAGACAAAGAAAAACCAUUCCCAAAACUCUUUUGCCAAGAAAAUGGACGUAGAUGAAGAACCACCGUUACUAUCUCCGUCACCGCAUCUCUCAUCAUCUUCAUCUUCAUCUUCUUCACUUCUCAAAGAUAUCUCAAAUUACAAAACCCCAAAACGCCCCUCCCAAGUCCCCAAUUUUCUCUCCCCAUCAUGCCAUCAUCAAUUCUUCACCGCCUCCAAACAAACUCCAUGUCCUCCUUCGUCGUUCCGCCGCCCCCGCCCUUCUCUCGCUCCGCCUUCAACCCGCCGCCCCAAAUCCACCGCCCGGAGGCUCAAAGCCUUCGAGCUCGAGCAGUCCAAGUCGUCACGAAAAGCGCAAAUCCAGAAGCAAAACUCGCUCAAAUCCCUAGCCAAGUCCCUCUCCGUUUGGCUCAACUUUCUCUUCGAGAACCCUCGGUCGUGCGGCUGUGGCAACGGCGAUGCGGAAGAAGUGGUUUCGGGGAAGGGGAAGAGGGACAGUGGUAGUGGAGUUGGGAUUGGCGUUGACGCGGCUGCCACGUGGCAGAGGCCGAAGAGGCGGAGGGACUUGCUGUGGCGGAAGGAGGUGGAUGAUGGGGUGGAGUUUCCGAGCUCGAUGUUCGCGAGUCUUCGGUCGUCUCUGAAAGAUGUGUGCAGUUUUGACGAUUUGAAGGAGCGGAUGAGGUCUUAUUUGAGCUUGGGAAGUUGCAAGGACAUUUUCAAAGCCAUGACUCAUGUUACUAAGACUAUUGAUGAAGGGAGGUUGAAAAUGAAGGCACAUUGCCCUUUAGUAACAGAUUUUGGAUUGAAGGAAAAGGCAACUAGAACCCUUAUGAGUUAUAACCCAAUUUGGCUUCGGAUUGGAUUAUAUAUUAUAUUUGGAGGUGAUUCUUUGUUGUCCAACGUAGAUGUUAACUCUGACCAAGAAAUCACGUUCUUGAAAAUGGUUAUUGAGAAGCAGUUCUUCUCGCAUGUGGGUCUAGCAAAGGCUUAUGCAUAUAACAAGAUGGUUGAAGGUCUAUAUAGACCUGGUUACUAUGAAAAUUUGGGGAACAUAAUAUUGAAGAGAUUUUUGCUGCUUGUUCUUAUCCUUGAUAGAGCUAAAUGUCAGAGCAGUAUUCCCCUUAAGUAUGGUAUUGAUGGAGUGGAUGGGGGUUCCCCUUUAUUGUUCACAGCCCAAUCUGGUAUUAAAUCAAGUUGUCAAGUGAUCCAAGAUUUCCUUUCGUCGGAUAUAAUGCAUGGGGAAGGCAAUAUUCUAGCACACCUGGUGAUAUUAGGGCACAAAGUAUCUUAUCAACAGUGUCCACUCAUUGAAUAUGACUUCAGAGUUACAGAUUUAUUUGUAGAUCUCCAAGAUGGUGUGCGACUCUGUAGAGCCAUUCAGCUGUUGCAACAUGACUCUUCUAUCCUCACGAAAAUUGUAGUUCCAUCAGAUAGUCGUAAGAAGAACUUGGCAAAUUGUAGCAUUGCCCUGCAGUAUCUUAGGCAGGCUGGUGUGUCAUUGUGUGAUGAAGAUGGAAUGAUUAUUGUGGGUGAUGAUGUGGCUAAUGGUGAUAGGGAACUUACUCUUUCUUUGCUGUGGAACAUUUUUGUUCACUUGCAGCUACCUCUUCUGGUCAACAAAACAAUUUUACUUGAGGAAACUUGUAAAGUUCGUGGAAUUAACAUGGAUAACUCAAACUGUGUCAACUCCACUCAUUUGGAAAUGCUUUUGAAUUGGAUCCAGGCAAUUUGUGAAAAUUAUGGUUUCAAGAUCGAGAAAUUUUCUUCAUUGGUUGAUGGAAAAGCCAUAUGGUGCUUACUUGAUUAUUAUUUUCGCAAGGAUCUUCAUUGUUCUUGUUCUUUGGAGGAUCCUCAAAAGGCAGGUGGCAGAGAAUCAAUUAUGUCAGCUAUUGAUUAUCCAGAUGCGGUGCACAAUUUUAUAUUUUCACAGAAAUUGACUACAUUAUUGGGAAAUUUUCCAGAGGUUCUGCAAAUCAGUGACAUACUUGAAUAUAAUGGUGCAUGUAAUGAUCAGAGUGUGGCCAUUCUGCUGGUGUUCCUUGCAUCGCAACUGGUUAUCAAGAAAAAUAUGGAUCAGUUGAAUUUCCACAAAUUCUUAGGUUGUGAUUGUAUAAGCCCAGAGAGAAAACAUUCAUGCUUAGAACGGUGCUCUGUCAGUUCUGAAGCAAUACAAAACCAAGAAGAGACUGAUUGGCACAGUACUGAAGAUGCAGUCAGAAAGUUUAAGGCAAUCCAGGCUUGGUGGCAAAAUAUGGCUGAACAGACCUACAAACCUGUUACAAAAGUAGCCCCUCCUUUGCCAUGCUUAUCGCCAGUCAAAGACAUUAUUAGCAUUCACAGAGAAAAUGCAGCAAAAGUUAUACAGUCUCAUUUCAGAAGAUUGAUUGAAUGUCGCAGUUUCUUGAAGAUGGUGAAUGCUGUUUCUUUUUUGCAAAUUGUUAUCCGUGCUUGGUUAACUGUGAGAAAGAAAUCAGCUUUUGUUAAAUUUGAUACCAUUCAAAUUAAAGGGCUUUCAAGCGGAAGUUUGAAACAGUCAGAAAGAUGCAGGAGAUAUUUUUUGUUCAUUGUUGAGAGACAGAAUUUUGUCAAGUUAAAGAGAUCGGUGUUGCUUAUCCAGAAAGCAGCAAGGAAUUGGAUCAACCAUAGACAUCAUGGUGGAAAUAUUGUAACUUGUGAUGUGACCACUCUUGUCCAAGUUAAUGCUGCCAUUGUUGUUCAGAAAUAUAGUCGAGGGUGGUUAGCAAGAUCUAGAUACAUUCAUGAGUUUGCUCAGUUGGAGAAAGCUUCAAACUUGUGCAAUGAAAAGGGUGCAAGUGUUCUUCAAACAAAAGCAGCUGUUAAAAUUCAGCUUGCUUGGAAGAAUUUUAUCGUGUGCAGAUCUCUCCACAAUCAGCACUUUGCUGCAACUAAAAUUCAGAGUCAUUUCCUUGGUUGGCUAUCGAGAAGAAGGUUUCUAAAUGAAAGGCAAGCAACAAUAAAAAUACAAAGUAAUUUUCGAAUGAAAAGAUGUUGGAGGGCUCACCAACAAUACAAAAUUGUGACAUUCUCAGCCACCCUCAUUCAAUCUUAUGCACGUGGAUGGAUUGCCCGGAAAGAAGCUUGUAGAUGCAGGCAUCUCAUUGUUGCAAUCCAAAGACACUGCCGUUGUUGGUUAAUAAGAAGGGACUUCUUGUUCCAAAGAGAGGCUGCAACAAAGAUACAAAAAGCUAUUCGUUGCAUGAUAUGUUGGAAGACAUUUCAGUGUCAGAGACAUGCUGCAAUUGAGAUUCAACGGUUUGCCAGGGGGCAUAUUUCUCGAAAUAGGCUCCAAAGAAUGGAAUUCUUGUUCCAAAUAGAGGCUGUAACAAAGAUUCAAAGUGCUAUUCGUGGCAUGAUAUGCUGGAAGACAUUUCAGUGUCAGAGACAUGCUGCAAUUGAAAUUCAACGGUUUGUUAGGGGGCACAUUUCUCGAAAUAGGCUCCAAAAAAGGGAAUUCUUGUUCCAAAGAGAGGCUGUAAUAAAGAUACAAAGUGCUUUUCGUUGCAUGAUAUGCUGGAAGACAUUUCAGUGUCAAAGACAUGCUGCAAUUGAAAUUCAACGGUUUGUCAGGGGGCACAUUUCUCGAAAUAGGCUCUUAGGAGCUUCUAGCUUACGCACAGUCAUUCCUAGUGGUUGCUUGUUGAAGAGUUCAAGAGCGUGUUUUGGGAGUAUUGAACUGGAAAUAUUACUAUGUUCAGUUCUGAAAGUGCAGAGGUGGUGGAAGGGUGUUUUGUUGCUUAAAUUAAGAGCAAAAUCUGCAGUCAUUAUACAGUCUCAUAUUCGUGCAUGGUUUGCUAGAAGAUAUGCUGCAAGAGAGAAGCAUCAUAUAGUUUUUAUCCAAUCACACUGGAAAGGUUACCUGAGACGGAAAGAGUUAAAAGGGCAGUUACUGGAUUUGCGCUUGAGAGUGCGAAAGUCGUCUACAAAUGUGGAUGACAGUAGGCGUCUCAUAAAUAGACUUCUUUCAGCAGUUGCAGAACUACUGAGCAUGAAAAGUGUCAGCGGCAUUCUUCAUACUUGUGCAACUCUGGAUAUGGCUACCGAACAUUCUCAGAGAUGUUGUGAAGAACUUGUGGCUGCGGGAGCAAUCAACACUUUGCUGAAGCUCAUCCGUUCAGUCAGCAGAAGCAUACCGGAUCAGGAAGUUUUAAAGCAUGCACUCUCAACUCUCAGAAACCUUGCCCGCUAUCCACAUUUGAUUGAAGUGCUAAUUGAUAGUAAUGGAUCUGUAGAAGUUAUUUUAUGGGAGUUCCUAAGGAGCAAGGAGGAUGGAUAUUUCAUUGCUUCUGAGCUUUUGAAAAAGAUAUGUUCAACUCACAAAGGUGUAGAAGCUAUACACAAGUUACCAACCCAUUUAAAAAGGCUUCAAAGUCUAGUUGAGGAACUUACAAGGAAAGCAAACAAUGAAAAGAGGAAUGCACGAGGUCCGGCUGCUAGAGAUAAUAUUGAGAGAAGGCUAAGAGAGGCUGUUGAAGUCCUAAAAGUCAUAGCAAAUGGUCAAGUUUAGCCAUUGAUGCAUGCAGUGUAAAUUUGAUUGCUUAGUUAGAAUUAUUUGUGUAGAUUUGCCAUUGAAGUUACACGUUCAAUGGGAAGGAAAAUAUUCUUGGUGAAAAUUAUUGUUGUGGUUGCGAGAAUCUUUGUAAGCUGUGUUUAAUGUGUGCAUAUAAUCAACGCAGAAAUUGUUGUCUUUACUAGCCAUCAAUAUAUUGAGGUUGGAAAAUUUCCUAGAA